GGGCUCGAGCAGACCAUCCGGUAUUUGAGCGAAAGACAGCCUGAUGCAAGAGCACGCGAAACAAGAUCCCAACCGCACGGCUCUCCCGGUUUGCCGGUCGGUUCACCAGGCAUGAGAAUCAACCGGUCUGGGCCGGAUGCCGGCAGGACCGCAUCUGAAUGCAAAUCCCAAAUCCGAUCCAAGAAAGAAAAAGCCAGGCUCUCGGAGCUUUCAGGCCCCGAUGAUUGAACAGUUCCACAGGCCUCCAGAAGCAUCCACCGCUCGACGGCAGCGGAGGCGGCGGCGGCUGGCUCGCGCUCCUUUUAGAACUCUAUUCCAGUUUCUCACUUCUUGCUUUGGUUUCCUUCCCAAAUCCUAAAGUUCUAAAACCCCUCUCUCUUUCUGCUAAACAAGCACUCUUUUCCAUCCGAGAAGAAGAAAAAACGAUGUCAGUCACUCUGCACACGAAUCUGGGCGACAUCAAGUGCGAGAUCGCUUGCGACGAGGCCCCCAAAACAGCUGAGAACUUUUUGGCGCUUUGUGCUAGUGGCUAUUAUGAUGGAACUGUGUUUCAUCGAAAUAUUAAGGGUUUCAUGAUCCAAGGUGGAGAUCCUACGGGCACCGGCAAGGGAGGGACCAGCAUAUGGGGGAAGAAAUUCAACGAUGAAAUCCGGGAGUCACUUAAGCACAGUGCAAGGGGAAUACUUUCAAUGGCAAAUAGUGGACCCAACACAAAUGGAAGCCAAUUCUUUAUCACUUAUGCGAAGCAACCACAUCUAAAUGGACUCUACACAGUUUUUGGACGAGUAAUCCAUGGGUUUGAAGUUCUAGACCUUAUGGAAAAGGCACAGACAGGACCUGGGGAUAGACCACUAGCUGAGAUCAGGCUUAAUCGUGUGACCAUCCAUGCAAAUCCUCUUGCUGGAUAAACUUUCCUGGUGAUUAUAUUUUACUGCUUGCAGAUAAUAUCUGGAGAUACAUCUAGCAGCAGAUGUUUAUUGGUGGGCCACUCAACCUUUGCAGGUUCCUCAUGCUUUACGGUAGUGUUAAUGGUGUUUCACUUUUUACAGGAUUUGUGAACUUUAGAAAGUAAAAAGCAUAACAAUCUGUUGUGAAGAUGAUAUACACAUCCGUCUCGGAAAAUGUUUACUAGCUGAACUAUUAACAUGUCUUGCUACAUCGGCAUACUUGAUGCAAGUGCCUAAUCUGCUACAAAACCUGGGUUUUUGGGUACAGAGACUGUUAUGGUUUCAUCUUGUCAGCCAAGCCACUGUGUGGUGUUUUCUUUCUGCCUUUGUAUUUUCUAUAAAAUCAUUUAGGGCAUUCUUAUGUUGUAAAAUGUGAUCUGGAUAAUUUUCCCCCACAGAAUGAAGCCUGAAGAGAGUUUUUAUAAUGUUUGGUUCAAGGUUUGUCCUCUUGUUGAUUUAUGUAGAGUUGCAGGAAAGUAACCCCCUCAACAGCAUAGGAUUUGUCCUCUUGUCUUCCAAUCUGUGUUGUCCGCGCUAAAGAGUAUUUUGUGUUCAUUCCCCUGUAAUCUGUGAGUGAAUCCUCAAUUAUCCAUUUAUAAUCAUUU